GGUGUUGUCUUUUGUGGGGCCCCUUGCAGUGAUGUGCCGGGCUCUGCGGGCCCGCUGCCCAUGGCAGUGGAACUUGGGCAGUCGCCGUCACCAACGCUUGGCAUCCACUUUCUGAGUGUCACACCUCCGAGCCAGCCCUCGCCGAACCAGGUGGCGAGAAGCAAUAGUGGCAGUCCGAGUCCGAGCCCGACUCCUCCGUGCGGGAGUUCCAGCCCAUCUCUGCAAUGGCAGCGGUCGAAAUCAGAGAACUCCCUGCGGGACAAGCACGCGCCGGUGACCAGCACCACCUUCAACCGCCGGGGCGCCUUCACAGACUCCUCGGCUCCGAGGCGGCGGCGCAGCAGCGUGCACAGCCGGGAGCGGGGCACCUCGAGGGCCAAGCAGAAGAAGAAGCUGCCCGGGGGCUUCGCGGUGCACGACAAAGUCGAGCACAGAGGCCGGCGCAUCUCGCAGCUGCCGGCCCAGGCGGACACCUACAGUCGCUGGACCCGGGCCCGUCUGUGGCUUCUGCCGGUGGUGCGUCACAGGUACUUCAACUUCUUCACGGCGUUGGCGAUCCUGGCCAACGCCUUCUUCAUGGGGGCGGAGACAGCCUGGGUCACCUGCUCCGGUGAUGCCGAGGGGAUCGGAUGGUUCAUUGGCAACGUGUGUUUCACCCAGUUGUUUCUUGCGGAGCUCCUCUUGCGCUGGUUUGUUGAAGGCCUUCUUUUCUGGGUUGAUCCGUGGAACGUCUUCGACGCCAUUCUCGUAUUCUUCUCGCUUCUAGAUGACUUGGUCCUGACCUUCCUCAUCGCCGCCAACCAGUCCUCAUCCUUGCUGUUGGUCCUCAGGUUUGCUCGCAUGCUUCGCUUCGUGCGGGUCCUACGUCUGCUCAGACUUUUCAAGGGCCUGUGGUACCUGGCAGAGGGAAUCAUCGCCUCUCUCAGCUCGUUGGCCUGGGCCUGGCUUCUGCUCAUUGUGAUGAUGUACCUUCCGGCCAUCUUCGUCACUCAAACCUUCGGCAGGGGUGGAAACUCUGACCCUCAGAUGAAGCAGGACUUCGGGAACAUGCUGCAAAGCAUGUACACGCUCUUCAAGGUCAUGACCACUGAGUCGUGGGCAGACAUUGCGCGGCAUGCUGGCAAAGUUUCGCCGGGGGCAGAGGUCUUCUUUGUCUUCUACAUUUUCUGCACAAGCUUUGCAGUUAUGAACGUGGUGGUCGCUGUCAUCGUGCAGAACACCUGCGUCCAUGCCAAGGAACGGCAGGAAGAUAUGCGAUCUGUGCAGGAGAAGAAAGAUGCCGAUGCCAUGCUGAAGGUUCUCGAGGUCUUCCAGACCGCGGAUGUUCAGCAGAGCGGUCAGGUCUCCAAGAAGGACUUCCUGAAGGCCAUGAAGAUCCCUUCCGUGAUGCAGCUGAUGCACGAAGUGCAAAUCGAUGUGCGCCAAGCAGAGGCAUUGUUCGAUGUGCUCGACUACAACAACUCUGGCUCUUUGGACUCCGAGGAGUUUGUUGAGGGCAUCAUGCUGGCGCGGGGCGAGGCGCGGUCCCGGGAGGUCAUCGCCGCCCAGUGCGACCUCUGGAAGGACGAGCACGACACCAUCAACACGCUGGAGCAGCUUGAAGAUUUUGUCGUGGAAGAGUUUGAAGGCUUGAACACCUUCAUCGAGACCCUCCGGAGUGAGAUGCGCCUUGCUCGAGGGGCCAACCCCUUCGAGGAUGAGGACAGCCACAGCUGGGAUGAGGCGUGUCUGGUGUCACCCCACUCCUAGUGCUCGGUCUUCGGCUGUUCUUAGCCCUCG